AUGGAGAUGAUAAAAAAUAGAACAAAUUAAUUAUUAGAUUUAGAAGAGUAAGAUUAUAUGAAAUAUAUUAAAAAAAUUAAUAAGUACAAAUAAAGAAGUGGUUAAAAGAAAUUAGGAUCUAGAAUAAAAUUUGAAAUAGAUUUAAAGAAUAAAGGAAAAGAAAUUAAGUGA